CAAGUAAAGGCUGAGGUUCACAAUUAGUUCGGUGUUUGAAACAGACCCAUUUUGCACUUUGCAGUUGGUGCAGUCAACUUCGGUCCGCUCACUGGAUGGGUCUAAAAGUUGAGUCACACAGUUGGGAACCGGUACAAAGGCGAGUUGGAAGCGUUCGACAAUCCUUCGCAACGUUUAGCUCCAAAGACCAUGGAGCUUGGCUCUUCGCUGGGCUUAUCACGCAUCACCAGGCUCACCGUCCACCACGUCGAACUCAAAGAGCAACCGGGCGAUAAGAACUUGGCGUUGAUCUCGCCCUGCCACUGCGAGGGCUCGCAGAAGUUCAUUCAUGUCGCAUGCUUGCGCAAGUGGCAACGCACUGUGCAGCUGGGCGGUUCCAACCAUCCGGAUGAGCGCGACACCGAGGACCGGCACUGUGUGUGUAACGUGUGCAAGGGGACCUUCGAUGUGCCACCACAGGAUCGCGCGGAGAUGAUGUCCGACCUCGCCGGCGUGACGCCCGGCCGCGUGGCCCCCGCCAUGCUCUUGGUCUCCAAGCGCUGCUCCGAGUCCUCGGCCUCGGGCAUCGACAACUUGGCGAUCCGCGCCUUCAUCGAGGCCAAAGCGGCGCACUUCCGUCGGGCUGUCUACAUGCUCACGGAGAUCUCCCCCGGCGCCAGCGAUGGCAGCACGGGUGCUCGGCUUGGUGCCCGCGACAUGUCCUUUGCGCAGGGCUUGGCCCGCAAUGCGGACACCGCUCGUGCUCGGAAGGAGGAAGAGGAGCGUCAGAAGCGGGCGAAAGAAAUUCAGAAGAUGCGAAAGUUUGCUCCUUGCUCGGACUUUGACUUGGGGACUCUGGGAAAGGACCAAGUGUUUUCUCAGCGAGAGGUUGCCACUGAAGUGGAGAAGUUCAAGACGAAGUGCACAAGCGCUAGCCAACAGGGCGAGUAUACGUGGAACAACUAUUCAGAUGCGGAACUGCCGUGCGGUGGCAACUACCAGGAGUACGAGUCAGAGUUCAAAAGGCACAUGGACAGCCUUGGCUUCACAAGCUUCAGCGUGUCAGGAGUCUUAAGAUAUAUUCACCUCAAGGCCUCUUGGGACAAAGUCGCCCGUGAUGCUUCAGCUGAGCCACCGAAGAAGCGUUUGAAGGGUCACGUCAGGACCUGUGCGGUAUGCGAAGAAAACAAACCUAUGAUCGUGUUGGCGCCCUGUGGACACGUGAUCUGCCAUGAUUGCAAAGACAAGCAGAAGCAAAACGGUGACAAGUGUCCCUUCUGCCGGCAGAGCGUAGUAUGUGUGACAGAUGGCUUAUUUUUCAACUGA